AUGGCUGAGACAUGCAGCGACGAUGGUUCGUCAAGUUCAACGUCUCGGCUAAGUAGAGAGGAAGAGAUGAAACUCAUGCCCAUUGAGACAUUCUCCGACGCCUCAGCUUAUCAGAUCAACCAAAAUCAAAACCCCAAAAAGAAGUGGACAAUUCUGGUUAUUUCUACAUUGAGCUUCAUUCUCUUCCUCAUCUUUGCUUCCGUCUAUGGAUCCGACCAAGGACUCCAGAAAGAAGAGGUGAUCGAAGAGAUAGUUGAAGAGCCCCAAUUUGCUGAGAUCCGCAAUAUCUCGACGUAUCAAGAAGCAGAAAGAAGUUGCGGAAAACGGGAUGAGGUCGCCAACAUGACUAUCUGGAACGACGCUGUCAACAGAACCAGCGACCUAAUGGAGGAUAUGUUUACAAUUGCCAUUCAAACCUACAAGAGGCCUACGCAGCUGAAAAAGACUAUUCAGCAUCUUAUCGAAAACAAAGUACCAUCGCUGUACGAGAUUGUCGUCGUUUGGAAUGAAAUAAACGUUGAACCUCCGGCGGACUUCAUGAGUGAACACGGCGUUCUCGUUCGCUAUCGCAGAUCUGAAAAGAACAGCCUGAACCAGAAAUUCCUUCCUGAUCCCUACUACAGGACCCAAGGAAUUCUUCUCUCUGAUGAUGAUUGGAACUACAAGACGACGGGAGAUCUUGAGUACGUCUUCCAACAAUGGAGGCGCGCGGGCAUGCAUCGUUUGACAGGAGCUUUUGCGCGCUGUCGGGCCGUAAACAACGUCACCGAAACUCCCUUGUACAGCUUCGACUGCAAGGGUCAGGAGACUUACAGUAUGAUUUUGACAGGUCUGGCUUUCACACACAUCUCGUACUUAGAAUACUACCACUCGGAGGACGACAUCAUGACUACCAUUCGUGAUUUCGUGGACGAGAGUUUCAACUGCGAAGAUAUCGCCCUCAACUUCGUCACUAGUAUGUUGACGUGCGAAGGGCCACUUAUGGUUCUUGGAAGAAACAAGUUGGAUCACCAGGCUGCUCGCACGGGCAUUAGCACGAAACCUGGACAUAUUUUGAGAAGGAGUAAAUGCUUGAAGAAGUUCGUUGAUCUAUUUGGGUAUAUGCCACUCCAUGAUGUGGAAGGCUAUCUCAAGAGAGGUGUUUAUAUAAAUGGGUAA